UACUAUGGUGACAUGUCAGUUGUUAAACACUAAACACAACGGCUAUAGGCUGCCGUGCUCUGCUCAAAACCGAAGUGUUUUUUUAUGUAUUUGGAACACAGAGUGAGAGAAGAGAGGGAGAGAACCACAAGGAGGCACGAGGAAAGUGGAGCUGUCAGCGGCUAUCGUUGGUGGAGGACGUUUUGGAGCUUCGGAAGGAUCGGAGAGCUGCGAGGAUUUCAGCCGGCAGGACUUCGGUUGCAUUCAUCUUUGGACCCGUGCUACGGCUAAGCCUGGGGAGCAUCGUACCCAAAUCACCGCAAGGCGCCCAACGCAGCGUUUGGAGAGAUGGCUUUAUCCAUAACUCAGAGUCUUAGAAUGGCUGCUGUUCUGAGGGAAUGUUCAGAACAGUUAGACCUUCUUGGACAUGCUCUGAUUCUACAGAUCGACAGGAAGGGAGGCUCUGCACCAACACAGGAAAAAGCCAGGCUGACUAAGUUAAAUACAGACUGUCAGUUAAUCUCACAGCACAUUUCCAAGCUGUAUUCAGAGCUGGGGCAGAAGCACAAUUUCACUUCUCUGCAGGAGGUGAUAGAGGAAGAGGAGCAAAUCAAGAAGGCUGAGAGCAUGAGAAGGGAAGAAAAAGAAAUGCUGAAACAAAGAAAAGACAAUUUACAGAGAAAGCAGGGGGAGAUCGAUCAGAAACAUGAGAAACUGGAGGAUAUGAACCAGCUCACCAAAGCCCUGUACCAUCAGCUCAACAAAAAGUCUUCAGAAAUUACCAACAAGAAGACCAUGAUUGCAAAAACCAUUGAGUUGCAGCUCCAACAGUCACACAAAGAGACUGGCCAGACUGAGAAGCUGCAAGAGGAGCACUUGGAGUUGCUCCAGAAACAGCUACAGUGGGAGAGAAGAGUUCAUGAGGAGUUGAAGAUGUUCCUGCAAAAUGAAAAUAAGGGGUUGCAGCAAAAGUUGUCACAGUGGCAAGAGCACUCAAAGCAGAUGCAGUGGGAAAUGGAGCAGCAGCUCAACAAUGUGCAAUGCAACAGAACAAUCAAUUCUGACAGACUAAUGGAGAAAAUGAGAAAGUUCAGGGAGAUGGAGCAGGUGGUGGUUGAGGACAGGGAUAAGUUGAUGAAACUGCAGCUUCAGCAGGCAGAGGCCAGAGCUGCUAUAAAGCUUCAAGCCUGGUGGAGAGGCUGCUUGGUCCGUCAUGACCUCCAUACUUUUGGAAAAUCAGAAGAAGACAAAAAAGGCAAGAGGAAGAUGGAAGGAAAGAGCAAAAGGAAGAAAUAAUUUAUCAAAAUAUCUUUGAGACAAUGAACUAAUUUUAUAGCCCAAUAACAAUAAAAUGCAACAGAAAGUC